AUGGAUGUUAGCGUUGUGCCUGAAUGCUCUGCGGAAUUAAAGCCCGUUGUUGGUCAGAAGUUCCAAUCAUUAGAUUUUACAUUUGCGUUUUACGAUGUAUAUGCCUGCGCUGUUGGUUUUGAUACGCGCAAACAAGGGAUGAGGAAGGUGGACGAUGUUACAACGUGGUACUAUGUCGUAUGCAAUAGGGAAGGCCAGAAGAAGUCGAAUGACCAAUUGAAUGAACGUUUUGGUUUCUCAAUGAAGCGCCGACGGUUAUCCAAGCGAUGUGGUUGUAAAGCGAGUAUAUCAUUCAAGUUCUUCUCUGAAGGAGGACAUCCAGGUUAUAUAGUACAGGAUUUCAAUGAGGUUCAGAACCAUGAUAUGGUUGAGUCAGAGCAUCAGCAUUUUAUGUCAAUUAAUCGUCAUUUGGAUGAUGUUCAUCAGAAAUUCAUACUUGAUUGUUCAAAAGCGAAUAUUGGCCCCACACUUACAUUUAAGGUGUUGAAAGAAACUCUCGGUGGGUUUGACCAUGUCGGUUGUACGGUCGGUGAUAUCAGGAAUGCUUCACGCGACAUCAAAGCAUACACACAUGGAUUCGAUGUGCAAAUGGUGUUGGAUGGCAUGGCUAAGAAGAAGGAAAUGUCCGAGUCGUACACAUAUCACUACGAAGUUAAUGAUCACAACCAGUUGGUUGCUCUGUUUUGGUGUGACGGCUUGAUGAAGAGGAAUUACCACAUGUUUGGUGAUAUUGUAGCCUUUGACUCCACGUACAACACAAACAGGUACAUACCUUUUGCAUUAUUAUGUGCAUUAUAA